CGGCGGCGGCCCGUUGUGAGGCCAGGCGCCGCUAGCAGCGGCUCGGCGGGCGCGGCCCCGGGCCCGGCGGCAGGAUGAAGUUCGCCGAGCACCUCGCGGCGCACAUCACCCCGGAAUGGCGGAAGCAGUACAUCCAGUACGAGGCUUUGAAAGAGAUGCUGUAUGCAGCCGUGGACCAGGCCCCUUCUAUAGAAGACACGGAUGAAGACACGGUAAAAAGGUGUUUUGCCACGUUUGAAGAGAAGUUCUUCCAAACCUGUGAGAAAGAACUUGCCAAAAUCAACAUUUUCUAUUCAGAAAAGCUUGCAGAAGCUCAGCGCAGAUUCACUACACUUCGGACGGAGUUACAGUCAACGUUGGAUGCACAGAAAGAAGCCAGUGGGGCUUCCACGCUGCCGCGGCGCAGAAAGCCAGUCUUCCACCUGUCCCAUGAGGAGCGUGUCCAGCAUAGGAAUAUCAAAGAUCUGAAAUUGGCCUUCAGCGAGCUCUACCUCAGCCUCAUCUUACUGCAGAACUAUCAGAACCUGAACUUCACUGGCUUCCGCAAGAUCUUGAAGAAGCAUGACAAGAACCUGGAGACAACACGAGGGGCAGAGUGGCGCGUGGCCGAGGUGGAGGUGGCACCCUUCUACACCUGCAAGAAGAUCAACCAGCUCAUCUCUGAAACAGAGGAAGUGGUGACCAACGAGUUGGAGGAUGGGGACAGACAGAAGGCUAUGAAACGCUUGCGUGUUCCACCUUUGGGAGCAGCUCAGCCUGUACCAGCCUGGACUACAUUCAGGGUUGGAUUUUUCUGUGGAUUGUUCGUUGCACUGAACGUGACUGUCAUACUUUCAGGUGUGGCUUUUAUAGAAGGACCAGACGUGUGGCCGCUGGUGAGAAUCUAUCGAGGUGGCUUUCUCCUGAUAGAAUUCCUCUUUCUCCUGGGUAUCAACACGUACGGCUGGAGACAGGCUGGCGUGAAUCAUGUCCUCAUCUUCGAGCUCAAUCCCCGCAGCAACCUGUCCCAUCAACAUCUCUUUGAGAUUGCUGGAUUUCUGGGGGUUUUGUGGUGCCUCAGCCUGCUGGCAUGUAUAUAUGGUAAAUUCAUCUACAUCCCUAUGCAGGUGAAUCCACUCAUCUUGUACGGCUGCAUGUUGCUUUUUCUCAUCAACCCUACCAAAACCUUGUAUUACAAGUCCCGUUUUUGGCUGCUCAAACUAUUGUUUCGAGUGUUCACUGCUCCCUUCCACAAGGUGGGCUUUGCAGAUUUCUGGCUGGCUGAUCAGCUCAACAGCCUGGUCGUAAUACUCAUGGAUCUGGAGUACAUGAUCUGCUUCUACAGCUUCGAGGUUGAGUGGACAGACAGUGAUGGGCUUCUGGCAAAUACAGAUAAUCAGAUUUGUUACAGCUACUCCUACGGAGUGAGAGCAGUUGUCCAGUGCAUCCCUGCUUGGUUGCGAUUCAUCCAGUGCCUGCGCCGGUACCGCGAUAACAAACGGGCCUUUCAUCUGGUUAACGCUGGAAAAUAUUCCACCACCUUCUUUGUGGUGACAUUUGCAGCCCUCUACAGCACUCACAAAGCUAAAAACCACAGUGACACCCAAGUGUUCUUCUACCUGUGGAUUAUCUUCUACUUCAUCAGCUCUUGCUACACCCUCAUCUGGGACCUGAAGAUGGACUGGGGUCUCUUUGACAAAAACGCUGGUGAAAAUACCUUUCUUCGAGAAGGAAUUGUCUACCCACAGAAAGCGUACUACUAUUGUGCCAUUGUUGAGGACGUGAUCCUGCGCUUUGCGUGGACCAUCCAGAUCUCCCUCACUUCCAUGCAGAUCUUUCCAUACGCUGGGGAUAUCAUUUCUACUGUUUUUGCCCCGCUUGAGGUUUUCAGGAGGUUUGUCUGGAACUUCUUCCGCCUGGAGAACGAGCACCUGAACAACUGCGGUGAGUUCCGUGCCGUGAGGGACAUCUCCGUGGCACCGCUCAACGCCGACGACCUGACACUGCUGGAUCAGAUGAUGGACCAGGAGGACGGCGUUAGGAACCGCCGCAAGAACAAGCAGUGGAAGCGAAGCCAGAGCAUAUCCUUGCGCAGACCUCGCCUUGCUUCACAGUCCAAGUCUUCUGACACGAAGGUAUUGAUAGAGGACCUAGCAAAAGAAGUGAACACAUGAAGCAACCACGGUCUCUUACUCAGCAUCCUUUGUUUUCUCGUUCUGCUCCCCUCUUCCCCAAGUAACCCAAUCUCUGGUCCAGUUCCAGCUGCAAACAGGAGAAAACACUGAACACAUUUUCCGAGCUCUUCCAGACCAGACCCUAUGGACUCCAACAAAGCUCACUGUGUUUUCUUUCUUUCCUUCUGCGUUCAUUUCGAUGUCCUACUUUAAAAAACAAAACCAAACCAAACCCAACCAACCAAACACACAAUAAAACAUUUUCCUUUCUUUUUGCCAAUAAAGAGGACAGUUCAGGAAAGGAGGAUUGUUUACAGUCUCAACAAGGACAUACACACCUGUCUGGAUAAAGAAGCAUCAUAGGGACUCCCUCUUGGGACAGUGCCGAGGACCCCCUCGGUUUCUGCUUGGCCCGGUUUUGACUGGUUGAAACCGGACUUAAGUUUUUAAACCUGAUUCUAUUUUUUGUUUGUUCGUUUGAUUUGGUUUCUUUUAACUCUUUUUCCUUCAUAUCCAGCGCUGAGGCACUGGCUGCACUUGCAGGGAAAGUGCACUUAGAGCAGUACCUUCAUUCACGAAGCUACUCGUUCAUUCGAUGUACCUUUUCUUAUCGCAUCGAUUCCUCUUUGGGUUUUUCUUUUUGGAAAUGCCAUGUAUGUGUUA